UCGCGUUUUUACGUCUCUGGGUUUAGAAACUGGCAGUGGGGGAACAGGAAGUUCCGCGCAGGCGCGCAUCAUUCUUCAGAAUAAAGGAUACGUCAGAAUUGUGCAGUCGAUGUGUCCGUUUCUAAUAUAUUACUACUGAUUAAGUCUGAGGCCGGUAACGUCAACAGUGAGGACAAACCCAGCCUGCCUCUCUCCUUCCACACUGAGUCCAAACCUACAGUCACUGGGUCCUGAUUGUGACAGUAGAGCCCAGUUUUUACAGCAGGAUCCAGAGAUGGCAUCAGUGAAGCUGGAAGACUGCAGUCAAACAAUGGAGCUGAAUGUCAACAUUAAAGAUGAAGAAGAGGAGGAGAAGAUUGUGAAAUCUCUUUCUCAUGGACGGCUAGAAUUAAGUCUGGGGCCGGUAACAUCAACAGUGACGACAAACCCAGCCUGCCUCUCUCCUUCCACACUGAGUCCAAACCUUCAGUCACUGGGUCCUGAUUGUGACAGAGGAGCCCAGUUUGCACUGCAGGAUCCAGAGAUGGCAUCAGUGAAGCUGGAAGACUGCAGUCAAACACUGGAACUGAAUGUCAUCAUUAAAGAUGAAGAAGAGGAGGAGAAGAUUGGGAAAUCUGUUUCUCAUGGAAACCAUGGAGAGACAUUAUCUACAUUCAGAGAGCAACAGCAGGAAGAUCACAGAGCUAAGAGGUCUCACCACUGCCCACAUUGUGGGGAGAUUUUCUCAUUUCUAUCAAAGCUGAAAAUACACCUAAAAAUACACUUAGGAGAGAAUCUGUAUUCCUGUACUGACUGUGGCAAGGAUUUCACAACAUUAAAGGUUCUGAUAGUUCAUCAGAGAGUGCAUGAACGGAUACAUACAGGAUUGAAGCCUUACUUCUGCUCUGACUGUGGAAAGAGUUUCUCACGACUGGACACCUUAAAAAGACAUGAACAUAUACAUACAGGAGAGAAGCCUUACUCCUGCUCCGACUGUGGGGCAAGUUUCUCUCGACUGGGCCACCUAAAAACACAUGAAGGUAUACAUACAGGAGAGAAGCCUUACUCCUGCUCUGACUGUGGAAAGAGUUUCUCUCGGCUGGGCCACCUAAAAACACAUGAACGUAUACAUACAGGAGAGAAGCCUUACUCCUGCUCUGACUGUGGGAAGAGUUUCUCUCUACUGAGCAACUUAAAAGCACAUGAACGUAUGCAUACAGGAGUGAAGCCCUACUCCUGCUCUGACUGUGGAAAGAGUUUCUCUCGACUGGGCCACCUAAAAACACAUGAACGUAUACAUACAGGAGAGAAGCCUUACUUCUGCUCUGACUGUUUAAAAUGCUUCACAACAUCAAAUGACCUGAAAGUUCAUCAGAGAACACACACAGGAGAGAAACCUUACUCCUGCUCUGAUUGUGUAAAAUGCUUCACAACAUACUCUGGUCUUGAAAGUCAUCAGAGAACACACACAGGAGAAAAGCCUUAUGCCUGCUCUAAUUGUGUAAAAUGCUUCACAUCAUCAACUAACCUAAAAAUUCAUCAGAGAACACACACAGGAGAGAAGCCUUACUCCUGCUCUGACUGUGGAAAGAAUUUCUCCCGACUGGGCAACUUAAAAAGACAUGAACUUAUACAUACAGAAGAGAAGUCUUACUAAUGCUCUGACAGUUGAAAGAGUUUCUCCCAACAGGGCAACUUAAAAAUACACAAACAUAUACAUAAAGCAGGAGUAAGGCUUAUCUCCUUUAACUGUGGGAAGUGCUACACAACGUCAACUGAGCAAAAAGUUCACCCAAUAGGACACACAGGAGAGAAGCCUUGCUUCUGCUCUGACUGUGGGAAGAGUUUCUCCCAACAGGGCAUCUUAAAAAUACACCAAUGUAUACAUAAAUGAGAGAAGCCUUACUCCUGCUCUGACUGUGGGAAGAGUGUCUCCCAACAGAUCCACUUAAAAUGUCACCAGCGAAUACACACAGGAGAGAAGCCUUACUCCUGCUCUGACUGUGGGAAGAGUUUCUCCCGAUUGGCCACCUUAAAAACACAUCAAUGUAUCCAUAAAGGUGAAAAGCAUCGUCAGUUGUCUCAGACCAGCCAAGAUGAGUCACUACAUCACCUCAUUCUCAUCUCAUAAAGGAAGUGGUAACAGUGAAUUUGAUAACAUUAACACUCUAUUGUAAUCAUAUAUUUUUUCUCACUGUGUUAACCGUGCAGAGGAAAGGGAGCAUUAUAGAAUGUCAUUGUAAAUGAUCUUUCUCCAUCUUUUUUACUACAAAACAUAGAAAUGCAUCAACUUGUACUUUAGCAUUUUAGCUAAUAAGCAACUUUGCAACAACAUUGCAUGACCAAAAGUAUGUGGACUCCUGCUCGUUGAACAUCUCAUUCCAAAAUCAUGGACUUGGUGCCCCUUUUGCUGAAAUAACAGCCUCCACUCUUCUGGGAAGGCUUUCCACUAGAUGUUGGAACAUUGCUGUGGGGAAUUUCUUUCAUUCAGUCACAAGUGAUGUUGGGCGAUUAGGCCUGGCUCGAAGUCGGCAUUCCAAUUCAUCCCAAAGUUGUUAAAUGGGGUUCAGGUCAGGGCUCUGUGUAGGCCAGUCAAGUUCUUCCACACCGAUCUCGAUAAACCAUUUCUGUAUGGACCUCGCUUUGUAUAGGAGCCUUGUCAUGCUAAAACAGGAAAGGGUCUUUAUCAAACUGUUGCCACAAAGUUGGCAGCACAAAAUCAUCUUGAAUGUCAUUGUAUGCUGUAGCAUUAUGAUUUCCCUUCACUGGAACUAAGGGGCCUAGCCCGAAUCAUGAAAAACAGCCUCAGACCAUUAUUCCUCUUCCACCAAACUUUACAGUUGGCACUAUGCAUUGGGACAGGUAGCAUUCUUCUGGCAUCCGCCAAACCCAGAUUUGUCCAUCAGACUUCCAGAUGAUAAGGCGGGAUUCAUAACUCCAGAGAACGUGUUUCCACUGCUUCAGAGUCCAAUGGCGGUGAGCUUUACACCACUCCAGCUGACGCUUGGCAUUGCACAUCUGGGUGAUUUUAGUCUUGUGUGCAGCUGCUCGGCCAUAGAAACCCAUUUUUUUGUGAAGCUCCUGACUAACAGUUCUUGUGUUGACGUUGCUUCCAGAGGCAGUUUGGAACUCGUUAGUGAGUGUUGCAACCGAGGACAGAGAUGGGAUGCCACCUGUCAAUAACGGGUGUGGCUGAAAUAGCCGACUCUACUAAUUUAAAGGGGUGUCUUUAUACUUUUCUGUUUAUAUAGUGUACCAAGCAUGUUAGGUUAGCAUGCAACUACUUAGCAUUUUCAUUAACGUUAGCAACAACAAAUUGGAAUAAGUAAAAUAUACGUAUUGCAUAUUCGUAACAUAUUGUACGAAUUGUAAUUCGUAGCAUACUAUACGUCAUACAAAUCUUAUUAUAUUGUACUACUCAUUUUACAUUUGUAGGCCACUGUAAUGUAACAAAGCAUACUGUAUCAUACUAAAGUGUGUGGUAUGGAUUUUUGUUACAUAUAGUACGUUUUGCUCUGACACCAAGUUGUCCCUCUGCAGUUCUCUGUGGGAAUGCGCUGGUAGACACGUGUAUCAGAUAGAGAUGGUGUGAUUCGUUUUCACCAUUAGUUUGGGUGGAUUAUUUUUAACUACAUAACAACUUUUUUUUAUGAUAUGCAGGCUCUGAAAUGACUACAAGUGUUUAUUAAAUUGCCUUAGAAAACUAGAUUGAUUACUUUAGUCAUUGGUUCAUGUAUUUGGAUAACUGCAAUGAACUUAUUGAUCUGCCUAUGAAAAAUAAACAUUCUACAUGAA